GAAAGGAUUCAGGCAGGAUGUCUACAGCCACAGUCAUACAAACCAAGAGAUAAUUGUAGCUGUUGAACGCCGUAACGAUUGGCAACAUCCCGACAUUUGUAAUAGGACCACCACACUGGUCGACCUUGUGCACGGGAGAGAAGGGACUGUUCGGAGCCGGAGGGGUGUAGCUUCCACUUUGACUGAAGGCUAUUCUCCUUGAACCUCUCUUGAUCAACCAGAAGCCACGACCAGCAGCCUGGACGGAUACGUGCCAGAGAAGGCAUACGAUAGCCAUAGCGAGGAAAAUCUAUUUUUUGCUUCAACAACACAACAUGCCUACCGACAUGAGCGGCUUCUCGUGUUCCCAAUGAAAAAAAAAUGGAACGAGAGGCGACAGCACAUCAGCGUUGCGUUGAUUUAAUAAGCCGUUCUGCACAUUCAAGAGCUCAGGUCGUUUUGAGGCCUGUCCCUGACUCAGAAGCCCUGGAGAUAGGCCGGAUCACAGAGUGAUUCCCUAAACCCCGCCUUUCACAUCACCUGCUCGAUCCGAAACGCUGGUUUGACACGCCUCUGGACCUUCCCCGGUCACGUUCACCCACCUACCCACACCCCUGCAGAACUGCGUCUGAAACCCCUCACUUCUUCAAACCUCUGCCUGCUGGGAUAAAUGAGUGGAAGGGCUGGAGAGGAUAGGGCUGGGAUAUGUACCAGAACCCACACAGAAUGUCCUGGUUUAGUGGCUUCCUAGUGGCCAGAGUGGAUGACCGAAAGACCUCGUGGGGGGAGCGCAAUGGCAAGAAGUCCAAGCAGAAGGGAGGCUCAUCCCUUUGCAACCCGCGUUACAUGAGCUGCCUGCGGGAUCCGGACGCCAUGGAGCCCCCCUCUGGAGCCCCCCUCAACCCCCACCACUGUGGAGGGGGGGCCGGGGCGGUGGGCGGGGGGGGCAACUUCGGUGUGCGCUGCAUCUGGCAAGAGGACCACUACGGCAAACGGGGCGGCGCCGCCGGGGAAGGGGUGGGGCUCAAAUCUGUCGACCUGGGCUUUGAGGAUGGGGACCUGAAAGGGAGGAAGGUGGGGUGUAGUGGGGGUGGUGGGAAGGGGGGGGAUGAGGGUCCCAAUGGGGAAGGUGAGGUGACGGUGGCGGACUGCUGGCUGCGGGUGAUGCAAGUGUUCCAGUCCAAAAAGUUCCAGUCUCAUAAACUGGAGCGUCUGUACCAGCGCUACUUCUUCAGACUCAACCAGAGCUCCCUCACCAUGCUGAUGGGGGUGCUGGUGAUUGUGUGCGGCGUGAUGCUUACCUUCCAUUGUGUCCACGCAACCCCGGACGUGGCCUACUCCUCGGCCCUCUCUGUGGCCAUGGCCUUGUUCAUGGCUCUCAUGGUUGUGUGUAACCGGAACGGCUUCCACCAGGACUACAUGUGGAUGGUGAGCUACCUGGUCAUCGGGGUGCUGUUGCUGGUGCAGGUGUUCGGGGUGCUGAUGGUGGCGCCUCGCAGCGCAUCUGAGGGCAUCUGGUGGUCUGUCUUCUUCAUCUACAUCAUCUACACGCUUCUGCCUGUCAGGAUGAGAGCAGCCGUGCUGAGCGGAGGUGUGCUCUCCACCAUUCACCUGGUCACCACCUGGCAGUUCAACCAGGAAGACGUGUUCCUCUGGAAACAGCUGAGCGCCAACGUGCUGAUAUUCCUGUGCACUAACAUCAUUGGGAUCUGUACCCACUACCCUGCUGAGGUGUCUCAGAGACAGGCCUUCCAGGAGACCAGAGGAUACAUUCAGGCCAGACUGCACCUGCAGAGAGAGAACCAGCAGCAGGAACGCCUCUUGCUGUCUGUGUUGCCAAGGCAUGUUGCCAUGGAGAUGAAGGCUGACAUCAACGCUAAGAAAGAAGACAUGAUGUUCCAUAAGAUCUACAUCCAGAAACAUGACAACGUCAGUAUUCUGUUUGCGGACAUUGAGGGUUUCACCAGCUUGGCGUCUCAGUGUACGGCUCAGGAGUUGGUCAUGACACUCAACGAGCUCUUCGCCCGCUUCGACAAACUAGCAUCUGAGAACCACUGUCUGCGUAUCAAGAUCCUGGGGGACUGUUACUACUGUGUGUCUGGGCUGCCUGAGCCCCGCGCUGACCACGCCCACUGCUGUGUGGAGAUGGGCGUCGACAUGAUAGAGGCCAUCUCGCUGGUGCGUGAAGUGACGGGGGUCAACGUCAACAUGCGUGUGGGUAUCCAUAGCGGCCGUGUGCACUGUGGGGUGCUGGGACUCAGGAAGUGGCAGUUUGACGUGUGGUCCAACGAUGUCACACUAGCCAACCACAUGGAGGCUGGGGGCAAGGCAGGGAGGAUCCACAUCACCAAAGCCACCCUGCAGUAUCUAAAUAGGGAUUAUGAGGUGGAGCCGGGUUUUGGAGGGGAGAGGAACGCCUACCUGAAGGAGAACAGCAUUGAGACCUUCCUGGUGCUGGGCUGCAGCCAGAAACGGAAAGACGAGAAGGCCAUGAUGGCCAAGAUGCAGAGGACGCGGUCCAACUCCAACGAGGGCCUGAUACCUCGCUGGGUGCCUGACACAAGGUUCUCCAGGACCAAGGACUCCAAAGUCUUCAGGCAGAUGGGGAUUGAUGAGUCGUCCAGCAAAGACAACCGUGGUGCCCAGGAGGCAAUGAACCCUGAAGAUGAGGUGGAUGAGUUUCUGGGGCGAGCCAUCGAUGCUCGCAGCAUCGACCAGCUGAGGAAAGACCACGUCAAGAAGUUCCUGCUCACCUUCCAGACCUCUAGCCUGGAGAAAAAGUAUUCGAAGAAGGUAGACGAUCGCUUUGGGGGUUACGUCGCUUGUACCCUCCUGGUCUUCUGCUUCAUCUCCUUCAUCCAGAUUGUCAUAUUUCCACACACCCCAGUCAUGCUGGGGAUCUACAUCAGUAUCUUCAUCAUCCUCGCCAACAUCCUCUUCAUCUGUGCCAUAUAUUCCUGCAUUAAGCUGUUUCCAGCUGCGAUGCAGAUAGUGUCAAAGAAGAUAGUCCAGUCUCGUACCAACAGCACUCUGGUGGGGGUGUUUACCAUCAUCCUCGUCUUCAUCUCUGCCUUUGUCAACAUGUUUGCUUGUGACACGGAGAGUUUGGUGGACUGCAUUGCCCGGGAGCUGAACAUCUCUGUUUCCAUGGUGACCCCCUGUCUCAUCCGCAACCUGUCUGUGUCGGUAGAUGGGGGUCUAGAGAUUUGUCCCAGCCAGGGCCCCUCAUGUCCCUUCCCAGAGUAUUUCAGCUACAGUGUGCUGCUGACCCUGUUGGCCUGUUCAGUGUUCCUCCAGAUCAGCAGUAUAGGGAAGCUGGCCCUCAUGCUGCUCAUCCAGCUCACCUUCCUGCUGCUGGUGGAGUGGCCACAAGUGGCGCUGUUCGAAAAUGCUGACCUCUUUGUCACCUCCAAAGCCCUUGAUUUCAAUGAAACUAUUCAAUGGUCCAGUUUCAAUGAAACUACAGACGAGUGCCCGUUCAGUGUGACCAAAGUAUCUCUGAGAGUCAUGACUCCUGUGAUUCUCACUGUGUUUGUGCUGGCGCUCUACCUCCAUGCCCAGCAGGUGGAGUCUACUUCACGCCUCGACUUCCUCUGGAAACUACAGGCCACAGAGGAGAAGGAGGAGAUGGAGGAGCUUCAGGCCUACAACCGCCGUCUCCUCCACAACAUCCUGCCCAAGGACGUGGCGGCUCACUUCCUGGCGCGUGAGCGCCGUAACGACGAGCUCUACUACCAGUCCUGUGAGUGUGUGGCCGUCAUGUUCGCCUCCAUUUCCAACUUCUCUGAGUUCUACGUGGAGCUGGAGGCCAACAAUGAGGGAGUGGAGUGUCUUAGGCUGCUCAACGAGAUCAUCGCCGACUUUGACGAGAUCAUCAGUGAGGAGAAGUUUCGUCAGCUGGAGAAGAUCAAGACCAUUGGCAGCACCUACAUGGCCGCCUCGGGUCUCAAUGAUUCCACCUACGACCGUGAGGGCCGCUCCCACAUCACGGCUCUGGCCGACUACGCCAUGAGACUGAGGGAACAGAUGAAGUACAUCAACGAGCAUUCCUUCAACAACUUCCAGAUGAAGAUAGGUCUGAAUAUUGGGCCAGUGGUGGCAGGGGUGAUUGGAGCACGGAAGCCCCAGUACGAUAUAUGGGGGAACACGGUCAACGUAGCCAGUCGCAUGGACAGCACAGGAGUCCCAGACCGCAUUCAGGUUACCACGGACCUCCACCAGGUGCUUUCAGAUAUAGGAUAUGUUCUGGAGUGCCGUGGGGUCGUCAAAGUCAAGGGCAAAGGGGAAAUGACGACCUACUUCCUGAAUGAUGGACCGCCCAAUAGUUAGCAGCCGUGGCAGCACUAGCCGGGACCAUUCCCGCGGCAGGACUACUGAGGGAGGACUCGCACCGCGAGCUAGCGGCUAACAACUAGCGACGCCAUCACUUGAAACCCGAGCCAAGAGAAAAGACUUUGAGACUCCAGGACUUGAGAAGGAAAGUGUUCUUGUUGAGAAGGAAAGUGUACUUGUUGAGAAGGAAAGUGUACUUAUGUGGCAGCCAUGUUUUGGCGCCCGCACACAUGGAAGGACAAGUAUUUUUCUCAUGUCUAGCCUUUCUCUCAGGCUACUUUAAAGAUGCAAAGUCUGUUUAUUUAAAACAACGCCUUUAGCCUGUGUCAAAAAAAGAAAAAGGCUGUACAUAAGGCUACUUUUUAUUUGACAUCAUUUUCUGUGAUUUUUUUAUUUCCAUCAUUUUUCCCCAGCAGAAUUAUGAAACAGGUACUCAUGUUUUAUUUCUGGGUUACUUAUUUAUUUUAAUCUUGAUGUUUUGUGCAAAAAUUCCUUUAUGAAAAAGUCUGAAUACAUACGUGCACAGAUAUCCAGUUUAUUACACAUUUAUAAGUGUGUAUGUACAUGCAUAUUUGUGUGUAUGAAUAUGUGUAUAAAUUGAAGGAAAAUAUUGACCAAAGAACAAAGUAUUUACGAAAAACAAGGCAAGACAUGUCUGUUAUGUUCUCGCAAAAGUCUGCAAUGAUCACCAACUCAAUCUGUUGCACGGCAGUACCCUCAGUCUUUUUAGUACAGUGCUGGCAAAUGCUAUUAAUCAAUAUGGGCAAAAUAUGUAACAACUUUAAUUUUGUUUAUCAAUCAGCCAGCAAAGAGGUCCAGUACAGCUUAUCAUUGAUGACAUCUAUAUGAUUACUCUGCCUCCAUCUCUAAAAUGUGUUAUUUAAGAUUAAAUAGAGGCUUGGUAGCCUUUUUCAAGUCCGGGGGAGAGGGUUCAACCUGUCGGUUCAACAAAAUGAGAGGAAAUAGGAUGGUCCCCCCUCCUCCUUAACCCUUGUCAAAUUUGUUCCCCCUACCAUGGCUCAGUCCAGCUAUAACAGUUCGAGCACCCAAGGCACAGUUGUAUACAGCAAAGGCAUACUGUCAACUGCUCCAUCCCUUUCAAAUGUGUCCCUUCCCAUUUGUUUUGCAAAUGGAAAUUAAAGGACUCAAAACGAAAAAAGAUUUUCCAGAACCAGAGGGGAAAGCCUGGGCAUUAAAUACAGUGGUACCGGACAGCCGCCUAAGAUGUUCCAGAACCAGAGGGGAAAGCCUGGGCAUUAAAUACAGUGGUACCGGACAGCCGCCUAAGUUUGAAUUGCUAACGAGUAUUUUCUAAAGAAAGAAGGAAGUAAAUAGAUAUAUAUAUAAAUAUAUAUAUUAGGCUGAAUACUGUGCUUUGUAAUCUGGAAGGGGCAUAACUAUUUUCACUGUGAGGUUUUUAUGAUACGACAAACUGCUUUUUUGCCUAACUUAACUGCUUUAAAGCAUGUCUGAUUGUGGUAUCCUGUUUUUGAUUCUGUUUGUUUUAACGUUGAGUAUUUUUUAUCACCUCUGUAUUCAUAAUUUGUAUUAACCUUAUGGUUGUUGUUAUUAUGAUGAAUUAUUACGCUUAUUCUGAUGAUUCCAUUCCAAUGAUAAGGAUCAAAGGGCAGAACGCUUUCUUGUAAAAUGCCAGACGUAAGCUCAAGCUCAAUGGUACCAACUGAUCAACUGCAGCCAACUACAGUAUUUCAAACACUGGCCCUAGAUUUGAUCACACAUACUCAUUAGAUGUCGCUUUUCCACAGAUAUACAGAUUGUACACUGUACCUUUUUAUUGAGCAAACACUACUGCAGGACUAAGCUCAGUCAGGUUAUGCACUGAUCCCAUCCCUAUCAGACUUCAGGGCCCUCAGAGAGACAGGACACAAUCAGCAGUGUGAGCAGUAUUAGAACUCUGCCUUAAUUGAACAAGCCACUGGAGAAUACAUUGGGAAGAGGAACUGAGUUUCAGAGGCAGAGAAAUCGAGGGAAGGAUAGACAGCCUGUGAAAGCUAAUGGAAAUAAUUUACUGACCUUAGCAUUGACUCAACACUGACUUUAUUUAGAUCAUUUUGACUUCCCCAUAACAUUUUCAAAACACACUUGACUAUGGACACUAAAAGUUGAUAAUGUUCGUACUAAAGCAAGCUAAUGCAGCCUCAUGUUAUUGGCCCCUUCCCGUGUAGUGAUGUUUGGCCUUGAGCGUGUGGGACCGCCGGGGAACAGUAAAGGUCUUGGGGUCAAUAAAUGACUGAGGUUGUGCCUAAUUGAGAGUGAUUAACAUAGAAAAUAGAAUACAUAGAAUGGACGUGGCUAGUAAGAUGAUGCACGUUCUAUUCUAUUUCUAUGGGCUGUCUUGUCUUUGGGUUGGGUGGUUGUUAAUUGUUGACUGUUGGGAUGUUUUUAGGGCACAGAUGAGGGGAGGAGGGUUGUCCCAGAACUACUGAGUGUGUUUUGCUCAAGCCUGAUGAAUCCGGACCCCUUUUUGUUUUCUACCCCUGUGUUGAAGGAGUUCAGAAGGCACUGUUUUUACUGAGGUGAAGGACAAGAAGAGUUUAGGACUAUGACAGACAAAAUAACAUUUCCCCUUGAAGAAAAAAAUUGAAUAAAAACAAUGGCUGUUUUA